AUGCCUGAAAAAGGUUCAGUCUUCCUUCUGGGCUCAGGAUUCAUCGGCCUCGAAAUCCUCAAAGAACUCAUCGCCGAAGAAUACAAAGUCACAACCCUCGUCCGUCGCGAAGAUGCACAAAAACGUCUUGAAACAAUGGGCUCGAAAACAAUUCAUGGCUCCCUCGACGAUGCAGAUCUGAUCCGCGACGCAACUGCAUCCCACGACAUAAUCAUCCACGCAGCAACAGCAGACCACGAACCCUCCGCUAUGUCCAUCCUCGACGGCAUCGCCAAAAGCGACAAGAGGGGACAAAUCUACAUCCACACCAGCGGUUGCAGUGCCCUCGUCGAAGCCGACGACGACGGCUCAAAAGUUAGUGACAAGAUCUACUCAGACGAUAACCCAGAAAUGAUAGACGCCAUCCCAGAAAGCGCACCUCAUCGUGUAAUCGACCUCGCAAUCCUCGAACGCCGAAAACAACUAGCCGCCAAAGCCAAAAUCUCAAUCGUCCUCCCCCCUCUCAUCUACGGCGUCAACCACGCUGGUCUCCUCUCGAUCCAAAUCCCCACCCUCGCACGCUUCGCCAUCAAAAAUGGCUACCCAGGCUACGUAGGCGGUGGAAAGGCCCUUUGGUCUCAAAUCCACGUCUCCGAUCUCGCCCGCGGCUACAUGACUAUCCUACACCAUCUCGAGUCCACUUCCCCCUCAAACCCCUAUUUCUUCAUUGAAAACGGGGAUGAGUGCUCUUGGUCUGAAUGCGCGGCUGAGAUUGGCAAGGCGCUGAAAGCAGAGGGGAAAGUUAAGGAUGAGAAACCAAGACAGAUUCCGAGGAAUAUGUAUAGUUUUGUCUUUGGUGACUUUGCGGAGCCGGUUCUCGGACGCAAUUCUAGGUGUAGAGCUGUGAGGUUGAGGCAGUUGGGGUGGAGUCCGAAGGAGAAGGGGACGUUGGAGAGUUUGAGGUUGGAUGAGAUGAAUGUUUUGCUGGCGGAGGAUUUAGAGGGUUGGGAGGGGUAUGGUGCUGCUGUUGCUUCUUGA